AUGACUGACUUGGUUAUUGCUGUUGGCUCCUCACUCUGUUGGAUUCUCAUUGUUUUUUUUACCACCACCCCCACUGGUACCUCUCAUAUAUACACACACUCCUCUGCUGUUUCUCAAAUCUUCUCCCUUUUCUUUGUCGUCUUAUUUUUCCCACUCUCUCUCCCUCCCUGGGUCAGACUGAGCUCCUGUAAGGAGGAGAUAAAGCCCCCCAGCAGGGCAGGACCACAGCUGUCGCCUUCUGACUUCCUGGACAAGCUCAUGGGGAGAACAUCAGGAUAUGAUGCCCGCAUCAGACCCAACUUCAAAGGCCCAGCUGUGAAUGUCACCUGUAAUAUCUUCAUCAACAGCUUUGGGUCCAUCACAGAAACUACAAUGGAUUACAGGCUUAAUGUAUUUCUACGGCAAAAUUGGAACGACCCUCGUCUGGCGUACAGCGAAUACCCAGACGACUCCCUGGACCUGGAUCCAUCCAUGUUGGAUUCUAUCUGGAAACCUGAUUUAUUCUUUGCAAACGAGAAAGGAGCCAAUUUCCACGAGGUCACUACUGAUAACAAGCUGCUACGGAUUUUCCAAGAUGGCAGCGUUCUGUACAGCAUUAGGCUGACUCUUGUCCUGUCCUGCCCUAUGGACUUGAAGAAUUUCCCAAUGGACAUUCAGACCUGUACAAUGCAGCUUGAAAGCUUUGGUUACACCAUGAAUGACUUGAUCUUUGAGUGGCUGUCUGAAAACCCCGUUCAGGUGGCUGACGAUCUCACCCUCCCCCAGUUUGUGCUAAAAGAGGAGAUGGAUUUGGGCUACUGCACUAAGUCCUACAACACAGGUAAAUUCACCUGCAUUGAGGUGAAGUUCCACCUGGAGCGUCAAAUGGGCUACUACUUGAUCCAGAUGUACAUCCCCUCCCUCCUCAUCGUCAUCCUCUCAUGGGUGUCUUUCUGGAUAAACAUGGACGCUGCACCUGCUCGAGUGGGUCUGGGCAUCACCACCGUACUGACGAUGACCACGCAGAGCUCCGGUUCGAGAGCCUCUCUGCCCAAGGUGUCCUAUGUGAAGGCCAUUGAUAUUUGGAUGGCGGUGUGCCUCCUGUUUGUGUUUGCUGCCCUGCUGGAGUACGCAGCAGUUAACUUUGUGUCAAGGCAACACAAGGAGUUCAUCAGGCUGAGGAAAAGGCAGCGGCAGCAAAGAAUAGAGGAGGAACUGGUGAGGGACAGCCGUGGUUAUUACUUCCGGGGUUAUGGACUGGGUCACUGCCUGCAGAACAAGGAUGGCAACGUUGUGGAGACUGUGUUCACCCCCCCGCCGCCGCCCCCUCCCCCUCCAGUCACCGUCUACGACGGCGAGGUACUUCACAAGCGUUUUGUGGACCGGGCCAAACGUAUUGACACCAUAUCCAGAGCCGUGUUUCCCUUGAGCUUCCUCAUAUUCAACAUCUUCUACUGGAUCACCUAUAAAGUGCUGCGACACGAGGACAUCCAUGCAAAUUUGUAG